GCGCGGGCCCUGCGCGGCGGGAGGCGGAAGUGCGUGAGGCAGCUGCGCUCCCUCCCGGCGCCGUUACCUAGCGACGAGCUUCCCUAGGAACCGCGCCGUUACCUAGCGACGAGCUGCCCUAGGAACCGCGGGACAAGAGCGCGUCCGGCGGCGCCUGCCGGGGGUUCCGCGGCGGGAGCGAGCUGCCCGCUGAGAGCGGGCGCAGAGCCGGCAGGGAGCUGCGAAGGGAGGGAAGAAGAGGCACAGUGGGCGCUUUCCCGUGUCCAGGGCCUUUCAGUGUGGCUGGUGUUUCUCCGCGUCCAGUGUACCUUGGCCAGAGGAUGCCGACGCAGUUUGCCGAGGAGAGCAUCUAUAACCUCCUGCCCCGCCUGGAAGAGAAGCCUGUCAAACCUCCCAGGUAUAUAUCCAUAUUUAGACCAUCUGUGAAACGUGAAGCAGAGAAACAUAAAGCUCAGUGGAAAACUAUGGGACCAGCAAAAGUUGCAGUGCCAUCUCCAAAGAAUUUUCUGCAGAAACAUUCAAAGGAGCCCAAGCUUCCAGCAAGAAAAAAGGAACAGGAUAGUAAGAAAUUACCUGCACUGUCAGUGCCACGGAGGACAGAUCACCCAGUUAUGGGAAUUCAGAGUAAAAAGAACUUUAUAAGCACAAAUGCAGUUGCUGCUAUCACAGGAUUGCCUAAAAAGCCUCAACCAAUUUAUGUUGAUAGAAGACAGGGAGAUAAAUACCUGCUUGAAACUUCAGGACUUGUUCCAAAAUACAUUAAAAAAAAGGAUUAUGGUGUGACACCAAAAUACGUUGCAAAGAGAAAUGAAGAAGUGAAGAGAGCUCGGGAAAAGUACGAGGCCAGCAUCUUGGAGAAUCUCAAGAAGAGAGCCAUGAAAAGGCUGUCUGAUGAAGAAAGGAUGAGUCUUCUGCAGGGGCUGAAAAAGAACUGGGAGGAAGUCUAUCAUGAAUUUCAACGUCUUCCAGUAGAAAUAGACACCAUACCCAAGAAGCUAAAUAAAGAAAAGCUGGAAACACAGAUGAAACAACUGGAGCAUGACAUAGAAGUAAUCGAGAAGCACAAAGUUAUCUACAUUGCAGAUGAGUAACGACUGUUUUUCAGAUAUUGCCUCUUUCCUCCUUUUCUUUUUCUCUAUCCCUACACCUCCAAGAAGUGCCCCUCUAAAUUCUCAGAAGAAAUUGGCAGCUCCAACUACUCACCAAUUGUCAACUAAUAAAAGUAUUUAGUUUCUUAGAGAAGUUAUUACCUUUAGGUCUCCUCUGUGCAAAUCACAAAAUGUUUUGAAAUGAAAUUCUUCAUUAAAUUUCAGGUAUAAAAACAUUAA